AUGCCACCAUGCUCACUAGCUUGCAACUCAACAGAAACUCAUUCACCGGCUCUGUUCCCGCCUUCUCCAACCUACACUACCGAAAGGCUCGCCCUCUGGGAAAAUAAUCUCACCGGAGCGAAUGAACCCCUAUCUUCCCUAACAAACUGCCCCGCUUUGAAAUUCUUAGAAAUUUCAUUCAAUUAUGAAAGGGCCCGGAGUUCCCCCUCCUUCGAUCGGGAAUUUCCCGACCCGCUUGAAGUUAUUAGGGCUACAUACUCUGACAUUAGAGGUGGCAUUCCCUCUGAGAUUGGAAACUUAACUAGUUUGCUGAAUUUGCAGUUGUCUGGUAAUAAACUCACUGGAUCCAUCCCAACCACUAUUCGAAACUUGGAAAACCUCCAAGUAUUGAGGCUUGGAGAAAAUCAACUUGAGGGGAAAAUCACAAAUGAUCUCUGUCAGCUCCGGAUGCGGGGGGACUUGAAUAUGAGUGCGAAUCUGUUCACUGGCUCGAUCCCGGGAUGCCUAGGUGAAAUUCAAACCCUAAGAAGCAUCUCCUUUGCGAUGAACAAGAUGAACUCGGCAAUACCUUUGAGCUUCUGGAGUCUUAAGGAUUUGGUGUAUCUAGAGUUGCAAUCAAACCAAUUGAGUGGUGAGCUUCCACCACUUAUUGGAGAUUUGAAGGAAAUAGACAUAUUAGACCUCUCGUAUAAUCAAUUUUCAGGUGAAAUUCCAACCUCUAUCACCAAUGCUUCUCGGGUUUCCAUUAUUGACUUGAGCAGUAACUCAUUCACGGGUUCCAUUCCCAACUUCUGUAAUUUAAGCCAGCUGGAAUUCCUUGACCUCAGUAAAAAUAAUCUGACCGGAGCAGAAUCUCCCAAUCAAGAAUUGGGAUUUCUUUCUUCUUUAUCAAACUGCCCAAAUUUAAGCUACUUGGAUAUUAGUAACAAUCCGAUGAUGAAUGGUGUCCUUCCAGCUUCCUUUGGAAAUUUGUCUGUUUCUCUUGUCACCUUCACAGCAUCCAACUGCAGCAUCAGAGGAUUCAUCCCACCUAUAUUUCGAAAAGGAUGUAGCUUGAAUUACUCGAUUUCAAUGGUAAUAAGUUGGAAGGAUUUUUACCCCAAUCCCUUUCCAAUUGUCAAAGUCUGCAGGCUUCCAUUCCCCAAGCUUCAAGUUUUUGAUAUAUCUCAUAAUGCAUUCAUUGGCAAUCUGCCCCAAAGAUAUCUGAGGAAUUUCAAAGGGAUGAUGGAUGUACAAGAGAAUCAUCCAGUAGAUCAAGAACGGGUUUCAUUUUAUAGAUAUUCAUUGACAUUAACAGUGAAAGGUUCAGAUCUAGAAUACGAGAAUCUUUUGACUACCUUCACAACAAUCGACAUGUCAUCCAACAGAUUUUCAGGCAGUAUCCCAAACUCCAUAGGAAAUUUGAAUUUCUUGAUAUAUUUGAAUCUGUCUCACAACUGCCUCACAGGAGGUAUACCUGCAUCUCUUGGAAACGUGGCAGAACUCGAGUCGUUGGACCUGUCUUCAAACCGAUUGGAAGGGGAAAUUCCAACAGAGCUUACAAAGCUCACAUUUCUUGCUGUGAUAAACCUUUCCAUGAAUAAUCUUUCGGGGAAGAUACCUCAAUCCAAGGGCCCGUUUUCCACGUUUGAAAAUACAUCAUAUGCGGGGAAAUUUUUGGACUGUGUGGAUUUCCAAAACGAAAAUGUGAAGAGCCUUCGCCUCCUGUCAUGCUGCAAGAAGAAGAUCAUGAUGAUGAUUAUGGUAUUCUAG